GGAGCGGUCUGGAGAGGAAGGGCCCAUCUUUUCGUUGCGGAAGAUGUCGGAGCUUAGGUGCUUGGUUCUGUCCGAAAACCCCAUCAGAAGUGCCGACGUCCUCGAGGCGGUGCAGCCGUUUGGUCCCCGCGGCGCGGACCUCUUGUUGCACUGCACGGAGGCCGCCACGGCGCUGGGUCUGCGGCGGCCAGAGCUGCUCAAGGAUAAGGAGCGGAAGCCGCUCUUGAAUUUGGGCCAUGCGAAAGAUGCAUCGGCUCCACCUGAGGGCUGGGUAUUGCGCUUGAACCCAUUUGAGGCACACACUAACACUGUCUUUACAGUCGCUCCGGCAUAACUAUU